AUGUCUGCCUAUCCUACCGCUGGGGCCCAGACCCCCCGUCCGAGCCCAUCUACCUCAACGGACAACAGUUCUCCGUGCGGGCCGGCCGGGACCACAGCGUCGAGCUCUCGUCCCCAUGCGCUCAUGGGCGAGAUAUUCAAUAACCCGUACUGGUCCCGGAUGUGGAUCGUCCGGGAGCUCAUCCUCUCGCGGGACAUCGUCAUCCUAUACGGGCACCUCCGGCUGCCUUCCUCCGGCGUGAUCCGCGUCCAGCAAGCCGCAGUGGCAGCAGCAGCAGCGCCGCGACGCGAUAAACCUCGUGCUGUCGACGAACCAGACACCCGCCCCCCCACCCCCCCAGCGCCGCGAGUGCCGGCUCGGCGGGCUGAUGAACCGGAUCGAGCGCUCGCGGGCCACGGACCCGCGCUGCUAGGGCGGGUGAGCGGCAGUGGCAGUGGCAGGGAAAGGGAAAGGGAAAGGGAGGUGCUGGGGUUGGUGUUCCCGGACUACGGGAUGAGCCAUGAGAAGGGCGCGCUCCUAGCGAUGGCGUACAUCAAGCAGGUGUGCGCGCUGCGGCCGUUCAAGCGGGUGGUCAAGCCCCUGAGUGUCUGGGGCCAUCAGCUGUUCGGGCUUGAUAGGGAGACGUGGGAGGUUUUGUGGACGGAGACGGAGGGGUACCUAUGA